AUGGCAGUUAGGCAUCGAAAGAGUGAGCUAAAAAUGCUUCCUUCGGAUGUCAUGGCAGUUAGGCAUCGAAAGAGUGCUGCAGCUAAAAAUCAAGCCAGAAAUAUUUUUAGACAUGACCCACUCACCCCCUUGGUGCUCGUGCAUCCAAGGUCUUCAAUGCGUAGCUCUCUUCACAACCCUCCAAUUAACAGUCCAGUGACAACCUGUAUUCACGCAACAAUUUACCAGCUCACGCCUCCCAUGUGCAGCUACCUGCCCCUCCCCAACUCAUCAGUGAACGAAACUGUGGCAGCCACAACCACUGUAUGCGAAACGAUAAGUGAAAAAGAUGGCUCAUUAAUUCACUCGCAAAAACGUCAACUGGAGAGAUGGGCCGAACACUUCGAAGAGCAGUUCAGCUGGCCUCCUGCAACACAGCCCGUGGAGAUAAUGCAUCCGGGCGAAUGGAAUGUAAACCUUGAUCGCCCUUCGGAAGAAGAAAUAAGGUAUGAAAUAGCCGUACUGAAACGUGAGAAGGCACCAGGACCGGACGAUCUGUAUCCAGCCCUCUUCAAAGAAGGCGGAAAUUCCCUGUUGACUCACCUGACAAAGCUUAUUGGCACUAUGUUGGACGAAGAGAAAGUGCCUGCAGAAUGGGGCAUGUCAACAGUUAUCCCUAUCUUCAAAAAUGGUACACGGACGCAAGCCGAAAACCACCGUGGCAUCAGCCUGUUAGCUGUGGCAUCGAAGGUGCUCUCUGGCCUUAUCCUUCGAAGGUUUGAUCAUUAUUUUAACAAACGUAUUGGUCAGUCAUUAUCCGCCAAGAUGGACGAUUUCAUCAGCGAAUGCCUUUUGGGUUCCGGAACAUGUAGCGAAGUGUAUAAAAUGCGACACCGAACUAAGCCGGAACUCGUUAUGGCUGUAAAGCACAUGCGCCGGUCUUCAACUUGCCCAGAAGAAAACAAGCGAAUUAUGAGGGAUCUUUAUGUUGUUACCAAAUGCAAUGACUGUGAGUACAUAGUUCACUGCUUCGGGAUAUUCCUAACCGCGAGUGACGUCUGGAUUUGCAUGGAAAUCAUGUCGACAUGUUUGGACAAAUUAUUGCGUGACCUCCACCGUCCAUUCCCUGAAAAGGUUUUGGGGAAGGUGACGGUAUCUAUAACAACAGCUUUAGAUUAUCUGAAACAUAAACACAACGUCAUGCACAGAGAUGUAAAACCCUCCAAUAUGCUGCUGAGUUACGAAGGUAUAGUAAAGCUCUGCGACUUUGGAAUCAGUGGGGAACUGAAAGAUUCCAUCGCCCGAUCAAGACAACUUGGUUGUAUUGGAUAUAUGGCCCCUGAACGCCUUGAAAGCUCUUCGUAUGAUGUCAGAGCAGAUGUGUGGUCACUCGGCAUAUCACUCCUGGAAUUAGCCACUGGAUCUUUCCCCUACAAAGGCACAGAAAUUGAAUUCGCAAUCAUGAGCAAGAUCAUAUCUGAACCACCUCCAUCGCUACCACACCAUAUUCCAUGUUCCUCGGCUUUCCGACAUUUCAUCGAUCUUUGUCUGAAGAAGGACCAUCGACAGCGGCCUAAAUACCAUGCUCUCAUGAACACUGAUUUCUUUCGUCGUCACAACGUCCCCCCGCGCCAUGUGCUGGAUUGGCUUCAGUGUAUCCCACUCAAAUAUUUACAUCGGCCGAACAGUCCUAGUCCAACACACAAGGUUGACCCAAACUCCCCGGCUGCCAGCAGUUCUCCGUCACUCAAUUCUCCGCUUUCAAAUUCUACUGUGAGUCCCGACCUUUCUCAGGCGCUCAGUAGUGUGUCUUUGGGGGAUUCGUUCGAACAAAAAGCAUCGGACAAUCGUUGUGAUUCUCAAAAUGGAUUGGACGUCGUUGUUGUCGCUGCUCCUACGGUAAACGUUUAUUCUCCUCUUCAGCAUCAGCAUAAGAACGAACAUGCUAAUGAUAUAAAUUCAAACAACAGUAUCGCUCUCGGUUCGGCCACUCGUGAUCGCAGUUUUAUGUCUGUUCAACCUGUCGUUUCUCACAGUUCGUCAAUUUACCCUCCCCUUUCAACUGUUAGUGGAACCCGAGUCGGAGUAGAGCAUAUAGCCACAUCCUCAGCGCAGUCACAGGAACCUCUGUCCCACGCAUCUUCUGGAUACGGGUCUGCUGGUUCAGAGGGUUCUCCUGGAUCCGUUAUCAAUAUCGUCCGUCCUAUGACUAGAGAAGUGAACGAGGCGCGCCAUCUGCACUCCAUUUCCACUCAGCGCUUUAGAGGGCAGCUAUUAGCUUCGGGAAAGGAGACGCACCCAUCAGGUACGUGUUCUUCAGGGCAAUCAGAUUCAUCAAACCGAAUACUACAGAUUCCACAGGUGAACUUGAAUGGAUCAGCUGGCGUUAGCAUUUAUCACUGCAUGGAUUCUGUGUCUCAUGUACAUUCAGACCAAUGGAGUAUUACUGCUUCUUCUUCUCGAACCCGAACACAGCGCAGCAGCGCGACGAAGUGCCCUGCAGUUCCCAACUCAGUAACUCCCUUAAUCAAAAAGUUUGAGCCAGAUUCCAGCCGAUUCGGUUUUGCUCGGCCUGGUGCAGCAGGAGCGACGGACCAUUCGGCUCGAAGCUUCACUCCCCCGCUCACCGGCAAUAGAAUCGCAGACCCCGUUUGUGCUCCAUCCACACUCGCAGAUCGUUCUGCUCGACAGGAUCUCCAACGACCACUUUAUUCCCAGGUCCGAUCUGCCUCCGUUGGACGCAAUCUACAUCGUAGCCACGCCCAACGAUGGCCUUCUAGGCCACAGCUGUACAACAAACUCCCACUUACGAUCUUCAAAGCAAAUAUGGGACACACUCGCAAUCAGCCACCUGGGUCUGAAACUGUGGCUGUUCCGUGUGUUUCAACCAUAGGCCAGUCCGGGGUUACAGAUUCACAGCAAUACCACCAUCAUUAUUUUCACUAUUACCACCAUCGCCAUAAUGAAACCGCAAACCAGGAUCCUCAAAAUAUUCAAAACCCCUCUCCUUCUAGAGACCAAAUCUUGACCAAUUCGGCUGCAACCAUUCAUGACAACCCUAGCCACCCGAACCGAUCUCUUUCGUAUUCUAAUGGAACUAGACUCGCCCAUCGGCUACUUACACACCCAAUUCCAGCACAAACCACUGCUCUGUCUAAGGACUUACCUUUCCGUCCGAAAAAGCAAUCAAAUUCCCUGUCAAAUGGUCAGCUAUGCUAUUCGUCACCUCUAGGUUUCCGCCAACCGUUAGGACCCAUGUUCAAAAUGGAAAAUCCCUCUGUUCCUUCUCGUAUCCCACGCUUUUCCCAAGGUUCAUGUCAGGACGAGCCUUAUUCCAGGUCUUCUCAACGGUCCUCCUCCCAACCCGCAGUUGCAAAUCUUCGGAACACCUCUUUUGAGACAGAUUUAUAGAGCACAACCUAGGCUUCUUCUGUAUGCACUUGUCAUCUUAGGAAGCGCCACCUAGCCCGGUCUUUUAUUUUUAAGAUUCCCUCUUCCCGAAUUGUGUAAAAGGAUGGAGAGACCUCAGAUUUCACGAUUCUUUUAAUAGGAAACCGAUAAAAGAUGUCCGUUUGAACUCUCCAUGUAAGUUUGGGUCAAGUGCCUAAAAUACUGCUUGUUCAGAGCUGUACAAUUGGCACAUUUUCUCUAGAUUGUACUCUGUGCUUUCUCCCUCUCGCUUUAAUCAUUUUCACCAAUUCAUAAGUGAUCUCAUCCUAUUUGUUUCAAUCCUGACUCAUUAAUUGACUUGUAUAUUGUACUAAUCUUGGCUUAUGUUUCAUUCCCUCCAAUGGUCAUCCUUGGGCUACUUUUCAUCUAUUUUGACAAUCUAUGUGUAUAAAUUAGUUGAUCGGAUCACAUCGUACUGUUUAAAUACAUCCAGU